AUGUAUGUGGAGAAGGCGAGGGAUGAUGCGAGGGUAUGGAAGAGUAGAGAAGAGGUUAAAUUGAAAGAGGUGAAACCGCCUGCAGCAGCUAUACCGGAGAGACGUUGGACUCCACCACCUCAAGGCAAGCUUAAGUGCAAUACAGAUGCAACAUGGAUGCAAGAAACUGGAGUUGGUGGAGUGGGAUGGGUACUGAGAGAUCAUAACGGUGAUAUGCUGUGGGCUGGGGCGAAAAGGUUACCCGACAUGGAAUCAGUGCAGGAAACAGAAACGGAAGCUUUACGCUGGGCCAUACACACGCUAGCAGGGUUUGGAUAUAGAAACGUCACGUUUGAAUCUGACUCUCAAGUGCUGGUGAGGAUGCUGAACAAUGAAGAGGAAAUCUGGCCCAGGGUGAAGCCCAUGAUCCAAGCGAUAAGCUCAUCACCGUCGGGUAUGGAGAAAGUUGAGGUGGCCUACUAUCUUAGGAGUGGAAAUAAAAUUGCAGAUAGAAUAACGAAGGAGACUACUGUGUUUAUGUCCAUUGUCCCUAAGUUAUAUUAUAUUGUGCUUAGUUGGUUAUUAUCUUGUAUGGAGGCUGAUAAGUCAUUUGUAGAACAAUGA